AUGGAGCUGCCGCAGGACCACAAGUCCGUGGCCACGCCCGUGCCGGAUCCCCCCUCGGACGACUUCAUGUCCAAGGCCCAAUGGGACACUCUGUACGCCCUUUUGGACGCCUGUCUCCCCGCCAUUGCCUCGUCGACAUCGCCAUCGACCGACCCCGCCGAGCUGCUCAUCCUAGACGACGACGACUUUGAAAAGGCCCUGGACCGCGCCGCCUCGUCGAUGCGCGACCCACCUAGCCGGGACGAGCUCAAGACGUUCCUCGAGUAUAGGCCGACGCAAAACGCAAAGUUCAGGGCCGACUGCCUGCAGUCGCUGGCAAAUGCGCCCCAGAAGGGCCAGCUUGUCAAGGUCUUGAGUCUGCUGGGCACAAACUAUGGCAGCCUGCUGCUGACGGGCUACUGGACGCCCGUGGCCCGACAGCCGACGAGGACGCGCGAGGCCAUCAUCAAGUCGUGGUUCUCGUCGCGGCUGCUCAGCCUGCGCUCACUCGCUAAAUCAGUCGCCAUGAUGGCGCAAAAGGCAAACUCCGUGUCGAGCCCCUACUUCCGCGAGCUCUCGGGCUACACCGACGUGCCGCGCAACUGGAAGGCGACGCGCGGCUACGCCUUUAGCUUUGUCCAGCUCGAGGCCGGCAGCGGCGUCCACGAAAUCACCACCGACGUCGUCGUCGUCGGCUCCGGCUGCGGCGGCGGCGUGGCGGCCAAGAACCUGGCCGAGGCCGGCCACCGCGUCCUCGUUGUCGACAAGGGCUUCCACUUCCCGCCCGCCCACCUGCCCAUGCCCCAGAGCGCCGCCUGCAGGCACCUCUUUGACAACGGCGGCGCCUACAUAUCCGACGACGCCGCCGUCGCCAUGGUCGCAGGCGGCGCCUGGGGCGGCGGCGGCACCGUCAACUGGAGCGUGUGCUUCCGCACGCAGGACUUUGUGCGCGACGAGUGGGCCGCCGCCACGGGCCUGCCGCUCUUCACGUCGCCCGACUAUGACGACUGCCUCGACCGCGUGUGGGACUUUGUCGGCGCCAGCACCGCCGCCAUCCGCCACAACCCCCGCAGCCAGGCGCUGCUCGACGGCUGCGGCAAGCUGGGCUGGCGGGCCGCCGCCGUCGAGCAGAACACGGCGUCCAAGGAGCACUACUGCGGCCAGUGCCACCUGGGUUGCGGCUCGGCCGAGAAGCGCGGGCCCGCCGUCGCGUGGCUGCCGGCCGCGGCCGAGGCUGGCGCCGAGUUGAUGGAGGGUUUCGAGGUGCAACGCGUCGUCUUUGCGGCCGACGGCGUCACGGCGACGGGCGUCGAGGGGCUGUGGACGUCGCGCGGCGAAAACGGCCAGGUGCACACGCCCGCGGCCACGCGGACGCAGCGCAGAGUGCGCAUCAAGGCCACCAAGGUCAUUCUGGCCGGGGGCGCGCUCUGGAGCCCCGUGCUGCUGAUGAAGAGCGGCGUCGAGAACCGGCACUUGGGGCGCAACCUGCACGUGCAUCCUUGCAACUUUGUCUUCGCCACCGAUAAAGAGGAUGUACGGCCUUGGGAGGGCGGCAUUAUUACGAGCUACAGCUCCGAAUUUGAGAAUUUGGACUUGAAGGGCCACGGUGUCAAGCUGGAGCCCACGUGCAUGGUGCCAUAUACGGUCUUCUCUUGGCAUCCGUGGCAGGACGCCGUCGACGCUAAGCUGGCGGCACUCAAGUACCGAAACCUCCACGGCUUCAUCUCGCUGGCCCGGGACAGAGACUCUGGACGCGUGUACCCGGACCGGCGGACGGGCCUGCCGCGUGUCGACUACACCAUGUCCGAUUUUGACCGCGACCACGUGCUCGAGGGCGUGCAGGCGCUGGCCAAGAUAUGCUACGUGACGGGGGCCAAAGAGAUUCAACCGGGCUUGCAGGGGCUUGCGCCGUUCGUGGCCGACGACGGGGGCGAGCGGCAGAGGAAGCACGUGGCCGGCACGGACCCGGAGUUUACGGACCCGGCGUUUGGGGCGUGGCUGGCCAAGCUGCGCGAGCUGGGCAACAAGCCGCCGACGGCCGCGUUCGUGUCGGCGCACCAGAUGGGGACGUGCCGGAUGAGCGGCCUCGGGGAGGAGGCGGGCGUGGUGGACGGCAAGGGUCGGGUGUGGGGCCGCGAGGGCCUGUACGUGGCGGACGCGAGCGUGUUUCCCAGCGCGAGUGGGGUGAAUCCCAUGGUGACGGUCAUGGCCCUGUCCGACUGGAUCUCGCGCGGGGUGGCCGAGGAGCUGUCGGCGGCCAAGGGGCUGUCGGGGUGA